AUGGCUUCACCCAAAAACAAGCGGGAAGUACAGAGAUUAACUGGGAGAGUCGCAGCAAUUAACCGAUUCAUCUCGCGAUCAACUGACAAAUGCUUACCUUUCUACGAUAUCCUACGGGGGAACAAAAAAUUUGAGUGGUCAGAAGAGUGUGAAAACGCUUUUCAACAGCUGAAACACUACUUGGCCACUCCCCCGGUUCUCGCAAAGCCUGUCGAAGGAGAACCCUUGUUCUUAUAUAUCGUGGUAUCAGCAACAGCUCAUAGUCCAAGCCAGUCGGGAAGAUUAGCCAAAUGGGCAGUCGAGUUAAGUGAGUACGAUAUAGAAUACCGACCAAGAACGAGUGCAAAAUCCCAAGUACUCGCAGACUUUUUGGUAGAGCUACUAACAGCGACCGUGACUAACGAGGAACCAAAUUCGACAUGGGUCCUUCACGUCGACGGGUCGUCAUCUAAACAAGGAUCGGGCAUCAGAAUUCGCCUCACGUCACCAACCAGUGAAAUCCUAGAACAAUCGUUUAGACUAGAGUUUCACGCGUCCAACAACGAGGUUGAGUACGAAGCGCUCAUUGCAGGACUACGAUUAGCUCACGGAUUGAAGAUACGCAACAUCCACGCCUACUGUGAUUCUCAGCUAGUCGCAAGUCAAUAUAGCAGAGAAUACGAAGCAAGGGAUGAAAGAAUGGAUGCAUAUCUCAAACUGGUCCAGAAUCUAGCUCAAGAUUUCGACUAUUUCGCUCUCACGCGAAUCCCUCGCUCCGAAAACGUCCAAGCCUAUGCUCUCACGGUCCUGGCGUCAAGUUCAGUCCCAGGUCUUAAAAGAGUGAUUCCGGUCAAAUUCAUAGAACACCCGAGUAUCGGACCACCAGUCAUUAUCAACAUCAUUGGGGAUCGAGACGACGAUGUAGAGGAGAUCGGAGAACAGCCAGAAGAGAGAUCAGAACAAUCCGACUACGGCUGUGACACGACAUGGCUGGAAACGAUUCGAGCCUACAUCAUCGACGGAAAAUUACCUCCCGAAAAAUGGGCAGCCCCCAAAAUCCGAACACAAGCCGCGCGUUACGUAGCGGUCGACAUGGAAGUUUACAAAUGGAAAUUUUCCGGACCGCUCAUGACAUGUUUGGAAGGAGAAAAGGCGAGAAAAGUCAUGGAAGAAGUCCAUUGUGGAUCCUGCGGAAACCAUUCCGGUGGAAGGUCGUUUGAAGUGAAAAUCAAACGCCACGGAUACUACUAG